AUGCGGACGACGACCUAUGGCCUGCCGCUGGCCUCCAUGGCGUGCGCCGCCACGCUCCGUGUGCUUGAGCUCGAGAGCUGCAACUUCGAGCCGCCGUUGUCCCCGCGCCGGGCUUUCCCGUGCCUGACGGAGCUGCGGCUGCGCCACUGCUUUUUCAAGGAAGGGUGUCUCCAGGCCAUGGUCGACGCCGCGCCGGCGCUCACCAGCCUGUCACUGGACAGAGUCUCUCAACAGCCGCCGGAUUCAGCCUUCCAGGCCAUGCCGGCCUAUUGCUGGGUGCCCUUCCGGCUCCGCUGCUUGACAGCCACCACCCUGGAGCUAAAGACCUACUCCGUGGGCGCUGAGGAGGAGGACCUCGCCCGCAUCGGCAUCGAGCUCGACAUGCCGAGCCUGCGUUACUUCCGCUACACGGGGGACGCCAUCAAGCUGUCGUUGGCAUCGCCGGCGCCGGGUCUGUCAAGCGUCGACCUGAACGCCAGUCUCCGCGGAGAGCAGUCGCAGUGGGAGCCCACGUCACGUAUGCUCGUAAGCUUCUCCAGCACAAGGGCCUUGAAGCUGCACGUCAACUGCAUGAACGACAUCAUCUACGGCGAGGAGGAGCACGGCGGGGCCAUCCUGCCAACCUUCCCGAACCUCAAGCUCCUCGAACUAGACGAAUUCUUCGAGUACACGAGCAGCAGCGCCGCGUUGGCAAUGGCGAGGCUGCUCCGCUCCUGCCCGGUCAUGUCCGAGCUCCGGCUCAACUUGAACAUGACGCGGUGGUACCGCGACGACGAGCCCAAGACCAAUGAUCCGGCCAGAAGCCCCUUCGCCCAAUCCAUGGACCGAUUCAACAGGCUCGCAUCCAUGACUGCUUCCUCGCGUCGGGUCUCGGAGCUCCCCGCGGUCUUGACAGACGACGGCGCGUUCACCUGCUUGCAGACGAGUCUGCGGAAGGUGACGCUGCAGUUCAAUGCCAAUGAGUUGGACUGCUUCCAGGUCCAGCUCGCCAAGUUCCUGGUGGAGAACGCCAUGGUUCUCGAGGAGAUGCACGUCGACGACGGGAACACGUUCUGGCUGGACCACCUCUGCAACAAGCUCGAAAGAUGGAGAGCUGAUUCGUUCCGCAGGAGGAACCUGACGGACACGGCCCGCUUUCGGGUGCACCACCUAGAAUAG